GGCUGUCUGUGGCCCUGACUCCGCCCGCUUCCUCCUCCCCUAAGGUAUUUGAGGCCCGGGGCGGGUGUGGCCUGCGCCUUCUCGUCUCUGCUCUGCUCGCUAUCGGCCAGGAAACUUGAGAGUUCGGGGCUCGCUAUCAUGGAUCAUCUUCGGGAAGCAAAUGGCACCUUUGCUUUAAACCUUUUGAAAAUACUGGGUGAAGACAGCUCAAAAAAUGUAUUUUUCUCACCCAUGAGCAUCUCCUCGGCCCUGGCCAUGGUCUUCAUGGGGGCAAAGGGCAACACUGCAAGCCAGAUGAUUCAGGCACUCUCUUUGGAUAAAUGCAGCGGCAAUGGAGGUGGAGAUGUCCACCUGGGCUUCCAGUCACUUCUCUGUGAAGUGAACAAGACUGGCACACAGUACUUGCUCAGAACAGCUAAUAAGCUCUUCGGGGAAAAGUCUUGUGAUCUUUUAGCAUCUUUUAAAGAUUCCUGCCGCAAGUUCUACGAAGCAGAGUUGGAGCAGCUGGACUUCCAGGGUGAUACAGAGCAGUCCCGACAGCACAUCAACACCUGGGUCGCCAAGAAGACAGAAGAUAAAAUAAAAGAGUUGCUGUCUCAAGGUUCGGUGAAUUCAGACACUCUUCUAGUCCUCGUGAAUGCUAUCUACUUCAAAGGGAACUGGAAGGAACAGUUUAACAAGGAGGACACCCGGGAGAUGUAUUUCAAAGUCAACAAGGACGAGGAGAAACCCGUGCAAAUGAUGUUUAAGAAGUCUACCUUUAAAAUGACCUAUAUUGGAGAGAUAUUCACCAAGAUUCUGUUGCUUCCCUAUGUCGGCAAUGAGCUGAACAUGAUCAUCAUGCUUCCAGAUGAGCACAUUGACUUGAGAACGGUGGAAAAGGAAAUAACUUAUGAGAAAUUCAUGGAGUGGACAAGGCUGGACAAGAUGGACGAAGAAAAGGUGGAGGUUUUCCUCCCACGGUUUAAACUGGAGGAGAAUUAUGACAUGAAGGAUGUCCUAUGCAAGCUGGGCAUGACUGAUGCCUUUGAGGACAGGGCAGACUUUUCUGGAAUGUCUUCCAAGAAAGGCCUGUUUCUGUCCAAGGUUGUGCACAAGUCCUUCGUGGAGGUCAACGAGGAGGGCACAGAGGCUGCAGCUGCCACGGCUGCCAUUAUCAUGAUGAGGUGUGCGAUGUCCGUCCCCCGCUUCUGUGCCGAUCACCCCUUCCUCUUCUUCAUUCAGCAUGUUAAGACCAAUGGGAUUCUGUUCUGUGGCCGGUUCUCCUCUCCCUGAGGAAAGGGUGUUCUGUGGGUCUUUUACCCAGUCUCCAUGGUUUGCCUGUGACCCAAGUGACCUUAUCCCUAAGUGCAAUGACAAUUUUGAAAUAAAGUGCUUUCUAGCAUCCCA